AACUUACCGGCUGUUGGGUCUGCACACGCGACUCGUGCGUCAACGAGAGUGGUUGGCGAAACUCAUCUAGCAUCUACAUUCCUCGGUUCUACGAUUGAACACGUUCCACGAACAAUUGUAUAGCAAAUCUUGCGAAUAUUUUUCGUUAAUUACGAUGUUCCGAUUACUCACGUCAUUGGGCCCACAAGGUAGAAAAUUGGUUGCCACUGGAACCAGUUCACUGGUAAGGACAAACAAUACGGUGCUGGCAGAAUGCAUUCGUAAUUUCACAGCGACUUCAAGACUGUUUGGCAAUUGGCCACAGAUCCAAAAACCUGCACCAGAGUUCUGCGGCACUGCGGUGGUUAAGGGCGACUUUAAAGAAAUCAAGUUAAGCGACUACAAGGGGAAAUAUGUUGUUCUGUUUUUCUAUCCGUUAGAUUUCACGUUUGUCUGUCCAACAGAGAUUAUAGCAUUUAGUGAGAAGGUCAAAGACUUCGAAGCUCUCGAUACACAGGUGAUUGGAGUGUCAACAGACUCGCAUUUCAGUCACUUGGCAUGGAUCAACACACCAAGGAAGCAAGGUGGUCUUGGAGGAGAUUUGGGUUAUCCUCUGCUGAGUGACUUCAACAAGGAGAUAUCAGCCAAGUACAAUGUCUUGCUGCAAGACUCCGGAAUCGCGCUCAGGGGUCUCUUCAUCAUCGACAAAGAGGGAGUACUUCGACAGCUUAGCGUCAAUGAUCUUCCAGUGGGCAGAAGCGUCGAGGAGACGUUGAGGUUGAUCAAAGCUUUCCAGUUUGUCGAGAAGCACGGAGAGGUAUGCCCUGCAAACUGGCAGCCGGAAAGCAAAACCAUCAAACCGAAUCCGAAGGGCAGCAAGGAGUACUUCGAAUCGGUUAACUGAGCGUGUGUACUUAGCGAUUUUAUCUAAGCCGUACAUAAUGAUAGUUUGUAAUGCGACAUAAUAUAGCUGAUGCAGUACACAAUAUAAAAUCAUAGGACCGAUAUUUUUAUUGAUUAUAUAUAAUCAAUAAAAAAUAUCGGCCCUAUGAUUAUAUAUAUAUAUAUAUAUAUAUAUAUAUAUAAUUAUUAUAUAUAAAGUUAGUAAAAUCUAUAAGACGUGUCAAUGUUAUACUUUUUAUGUGCAUAAUAUAUUUGUGCUAUUGUGAGAAUGUAUGUAUGGCGAGUUUAAGCGGGGGACUGUAAAGGACACGUGAGCGUGUCGGUGACACAGGCAGCUUAAGAGUCGGGAUGCUGAGCGAAUGGCCGAAAGGAAAGAGCAAUCUCGUGUUGGUUAAUUUGAUUCUUUUUUCUGUGCGGUAGAGAACCGUGAGAAGUUUCACGUCGGAUUGUUUUCUACAUCGAAUGUAAUCCUUAAUAUAUUUUUAUAAUACAACGUA